AUGUCGUCGCUCGAAGCCCAAUUCUGCACGGCAUUGGAGACAAUGACCAAAAGCAUCGCAGAUACGCGAGCGACAGUCAGAAAACUGCAAGAAAAGAAGGGGUCAGACGAUCUCGAAAUGGCCGAUGGCAUCUCACUACUCUCUCUCAAACACCAAGUGAUGCUCACAUAUCUCCAUGGCUUGGCUCUUCUCUCUGCACAUCGAGUCCUUGGCCACUCCUUGACGGAGAGGAACCCUCCAGCUGCGCCUUUUAGCGAUCCUGCUCGUCAGUCCCGGGGUUCGGCACCGGGAGAUAUUGUGGACAUGCUGAUGGAAGGACGACUAGUGUUGGAGAAGACCAAAACUCUGGAGGCACGUAUGAAAUAUCAGAUCGACAAACUGGUCCGAGCCGCGCAGCAAACUUCGACCACGCAAGAUAUUCAAGAUCCUCUUUCUUUCCGUCCGAACCCGGAGAACUUUGUACAGGCGGAAGAAAAAGUCGAAUCAGAUGGCGAGCUCAGUGAAGGUGAUGGCGUAUAUCGCCCUCCUCGAGUCGCUCCGAUGCCAUAUAAUGAGGCCGACGACUCUAAAAAGACGAAACGAUCCCGCGCUCCCGCCGCGCUGACGGCACUCGAGUAUCAAAACCCAAAUGAUCCUUAUAUGGAGUCAACAUCUGGACUGGGAGGUGCCGGCAAGGGUGCCAUGGCUGCAACGUCUGCCCGGGCGCGCGAGCUUGCGCGAAUGACAGAGUACGAAGAAUCACACAUGACGCGACUCGUCAUGAGCAAAAAAGAGGCUAAGCGCCGGCGGCAGGACGAGGAGAACCUCGCAUUGGGCGGGAGCGCACUCGGAACUCAGUACGGUCGUGGUCGUGCGCGGGGAGCAGGAUUCGCCGACGAAUUCGGUGACCUUCUUCGCGCUCGUGAGGGCAAAAAUAAUCUACGUGAUGACUACGAGGAACUGCGGGCGCGCUCAAAGAAGAAGACGGCGUUCGAACGGAGCAAGGCGAGAGAGAUACCAGACAAUAUCCAGAUGGACGGAGAUGAACGUCCUCGGAAACGAACCAAGUUUCACCAGGAGCUGAAAAAGGCCAAAAGGGCUGACCGCCAGCGACGCUAG